GCGUAAUACGAGUUAACGCCCUAGUUUCACACGUUUUGUCCCUGUUGGCCUUCCACGGGUCCACAUUUCAGCUGCUACGUCACUCACAUUUUUUCCAGUAUGGCCUGGUUCUAAAAUCCGAGUUUUUACAGAAAUAAAAGUGGGAUAACCUUUCACAGAUGCAGAAUGCAGUGUGUCAAACUGCCCAUCACUGUGAAAGUGGAGAUCAAUCUGCUGCUGGUAGCAGUAACUGCCCUUGCACUGUUGACUAGACUGUAUGGUAUUCAGAUCCCUAAAGCUGUAGUAUUUGAUGAAGUCUAUUAUGGGCAGUUUUUGUCUCUAUACAUGAAACAAGAAUUUUUUUUUGAUGAGAGUGGUCCACCCUUUGGCCACAUGAUAUUAGCUUUAGGAGCAUAUUUAGGAGGAUUUGAUGGCAACUUUGUUUGGAAUAGAAUUGGAGCAGAAUACACCAGUAAUGUUCCUGUUUGGAGCCUGCGGGUCAUACCUGCCAUUGCAGGCUCAUUGUGUUUGCCACUAGGUUAUCUUCUGGUGGUAGAGCUUGGAUAUUCCCAUUUCACAGCAUUAGGGGCAUCAAUGCUCUUCCUUAUGGAAAAUUCCUUGAUCGUACAGUCACGUUUCAUGCUGCUGGAGUCUGUUUUAAUCUUUUUUUUAAUGCUAGCUGUACUGUCCUACCUUCGCUUUCACCACUCACCCAAUUCGUUUUUUAGAUGGUUUUGGCUUGUGAUGUCUGGGGUCAGUUGUGCAUUUUCAGUUGGAGUAAAAUAUAUGGGUAUGUUCACAUACUUUUUACUGCUUGGUCUGGCAGUUGUACACACCUGGAAACUUCUUGGAGAUCAAACAAUAAGCACUGCCACGGCAGCAGUUCAAGUGUUGGUUCGUUUUUUGGCCCUUGUGGUUUUACCUGUCCUCCUGUACAUUGGAUUUUUCUACGUCCAUCUUACCAUACUUUACCGCAGUGGACCACAUGACCAGAUGAUGAGUUGUGCUUUCCAGGCAAGCCUGGAGGGUGGUCUAGCCAGGAUCACUCAGGGGCAGCCUUUGGAGGUUGCAUUUGGUUCCCAAGUUACUCUCCGCACUAUGUCCAGCAAACCUGUUCCAUGCUGGCUCCAUUCCCAUAAAGCUAACUAUCCAGUCAGGUAUGAAAAUGGCCGUGGCAGCUCCCACCAACAGCAGGUGACCUGUUAUGCUUUCAAAGACGUCAACAACUGGUGGAUUAUUAAAGACCCUGAAAGUUCCAGUCUAGUGGUAAACAGCCCUCCCAAACCAGUCAGACAUGGUGAUGUUAUUCAGCUGCUACACGGAAUGACAUCUCGCUACCUGAACACGCAUGAUGUUGCGGCUCCCAUGACCCCUCACUCGCAGGAAGUCUCUGGUUAUAUUGAUUUUAAUGUGUCUAUGCCAGCUCAGAAUUUAUGGAGAGUGGACAUACUGAACAGGGAGUCUGACAGAGAGACCUGGAAGACGAUCGUAUCAUCGGUGCGACUAGUUCACGUCAACACUUCAGCUGUUCUGAAGCUCAGUGGCACUUCUCUGCCAGAGUGGGGUUUCAAACAGUUGGAGGUGGUUGGAGAUAAGAUUAAUAAAGGCUACCAGCAGAGUGGCAUAUGGAAUGUGGAAGAGCAUCGCUAUGGAAAAAGUCAGGAACAAAAGGAAAGGGAGUUAGAGCUGAAGUCACCUACUCACAAUCACAUCAAAAGAAACCUCACUUUCAUGACUAAAUUUCUUGAGCUGCAGUGGAAGAUGCUAACAUUGAAGAAUGAAGAGUCCGAACACAGAUAUAGCUCAUCACCUCUAGAAUGGAUCACCUUGGAUACGAACAUUGCUUACUGGCUUCAUACUUCAAGUAAUGCACAAAUUCAGUUGAUUGGAAAUAUUGUUACAUGGACUAUCGCAAAAAUUGCACUGGCUGUGUAUUUUCUUCUGUUUUUAACCUACUUAUUAAGACGACGACGAAAAGUUAUGGACAUUCCUGAAGACUCUUGGGAAAAGCUGGUUUUGGCUGGUGUAGUGUGUGGUGGAGGCUGGGCAGUUAAUUACGUGCCUUUCUUUCUAAUGGAGAAGACUCUGUUUCUGUACCACUAUCUUCCAGCACUUACCUUCAAGAUCUUGCACAUACCUAUAGUUGUAGAGCACCUGUACAUCUAUGUUCUGAGGUCCCCAGCUCAACGGAAGUCAUUUGUUGGUGUUAUUCUUGCAGUCCUUUGUUCAGUGUUUGUGUGCUACCGUAAAUUGAGUCCUCUUACUUAUGGUCAGUCAGCGUCAAGAUCAGAAGAGCUGGAUGCACUGAGUUGGAAAGAGAGCUGGGAUAUUCUACUACGAAGAUGUUGAUGCAAAUAUGGCUCCUGUUUAUAAAAUAAUUGAACCUUGCAUCUUUUUAUAAUAAAGUAAAAGCUAAAGUUAAAGCCAUCCAGAGAGUAAAAACAUUGUUUCUUUCACCCCAACCAUAAAAAUUCCCUGCAGAGAGAGCCCAUGCUGUUUAACAUAGAAAAUCAAAACAGUUUAUUGCACUGCAUUAAAUAUACUUCAUGUCAUAAAA